AUAUCCUCAUCCUUUCAACUUCGGAACCUAAUUCACUUUGCUAUGUAGAGACUAAAAACCUUGAUGGUGAAACAAAUCUCAAAAUUAGAUCAAGUGUACCAGAAAUUGAUCAUUUAGAAGCUCCCGAAGAUUGUACAUCAAUUAGGUUUUUUGUAGAUUCUCAACCACCUGCUGCAAACUUAUAUAGUUAUAACGCUACAUUGGUAUUUCCGGAUGGUUUACCGGACCGACCACGUUCCCGUGGUGGCCCUACUAAAAUACCGGUCAAUUUUCAUUCAAUGUUGUUGAGAGACUCAACUGAUUUUGAUAAUAAACUAUCAAAGGAACCAUUCACUGAUAAAGAGCUUUCUCUUGAUGCAAAGGAUCAAACCAAAUCAGAGACCAUCAAAGAUUUUUUCACUCUCCUUGCGAUAUGUCAUACAGUCCUGGUUAGUACAAGUAACAAUGGUGAACCACAAUACAAAGCACAAUCUCCCGAUGAAGCUGCACUUGUGCAGGCUGCCAAGGAUGUAGGAUAUGUUUUUCAUUCACGUGAUCCAGACAGUAUAUUUAUCACUACACCUGAAGGUGAAAAAGUUCGUUAUGAAUUAUUGAAUAUUCUCGAAUUUACAAGCGCACGAAAAAGGAUGAGCAUUAUUGUGCGGAACCCUUUAAAUCGCCGUAUUAUUUUAUUUUGCAAAGGAGCGGAUAACGUUAUUUUUGAUCGACUAAAACUUGGACAAGAUUAUAUCGUUAAUGUCACUGGCGAGCAUCUAGAAGAGUUCGCGAGAGAAGGUUACACCGAAAUUAGUCAAGAAGAAUAUAAUAAGUGGAAUAUUGAAUUCCGUGAAGCCACAACUGCACUUAAUGAUCGAGACAAGAAGGUCGCUGCUAUUUCUGACAAGAUCGAAAGAGAAUUAAUUCUGCUUGGAGCUACUGCAAUAGAAGAUCGUUUACAAGAUGGUGUACCGGAGUGUAUAGCUACCCUAAAACGCGCAGGCAUAAAAAUCUGGGUGUUGACAGGCGACAAAAUGGAAACGGCAAUUAGUAUUGGUUUCUCUACUUGUUUGCUAAACAGGGAGAUGAAUCUUAUUAUUAUUAGGGGUGGUGCUUAUGGUGAACCCGGUAGUGCUUACGAACAAAUGCGUAAUGCAGUGGAAAAGUUCUUUCCAAGUGAUCUUGAUAUUCUCGA